CCCAGUAUUUGCAUUGGGUUGAAAGAUGACCGAGCUGCAGAGUGAACGUAAAAAUGGCAAAUGGGAUCGAUUUUGGAGUCCAUUCAUCGAAGGCUUGGCAGUUUUCAAGGAUCCGCUGGCCCACUCCACGCACAUAAUUGCCUACUGGACGCGGGACCAAGUAAAGGCGUUGUGUUUAUACACAAACUCUGAGGAACGGCGAGUGACCAGGAAUGUGGUCUGGCACUAUUAUAUUGUGAUCCAGCUCGCUGUUAGCCUGGCAAGCAUGUGCUACGGCGUUCUUGAGUCCAUUGACAAUAUUGCCAUCCUGGGACGGGAUCUGGUCUUCAUUAUUUCGGUCAUAUUUAUAUUCUUCAGACUAAUAUUCUUCGCUCAGUAUGCUAAUGACGUUGAUGCGGUUAUAGAUGCUCUUGAUGACAUUCAUCAUUGUGAGACAAAGGGCCCGGGCAGAAAGGAAGUGCAGGCCACGAAGCGUUUUCAUUUCCUAUUGUAUAUGGCCUUGAUAGUCGCUUGGUUUACUUUCCUAGUAUCUUUCAUCCUGAUCAAAAUAUCAACGCCCUUUUGGAUGGAGUCGGUGACACUGCCCUUCCACGUGGCCUGGCCCUUUCAUCUGCACGAUCCCUCGAAGCACCCGAUUGCCUAUUGCCUGAUCUUUGUAAGUCAAAGUACCACCUUGACCUACUUUCUGGUUUGGCUCGGGGCUGUGGAGAACAUGGCCGUGUCCAUCUUCUUCGAGCUGACUUCUUCUCUGAGGGUCCUUUGCAUCGAGUUGCGUAGCCUGCAGGAGCAUUGCCAUGGUGAUGAGAGUCUGCUGGAAAGAGAACUACAUCGACUGACAAAGUUCCAUCAGCGAAUUAUUCUACUAUCUGAUCAUUGUAACAACAUUUUCAACAGAACAUUUAUAAUGCAAAUGCUAGUAAAUUUCUUUCUGGUCUCGUUGUCCCUUUUUGAAGUUUUGGUAGCCAGAAAGAAUCCUCAAGUGGCAGCCGAGUAUCUGAUUAUUAUGUUGAUGACUCUGGGGCACCUGUCGUUCUGGUCGAAAUUCGGAGAUAUGCUUUCCGAGGAGUCAGCAGAGGUGGCCGAGGCUGUCUAUGAGGCAUACGAUCCGACUGUUGGUUCCAUCAACAUCCAUCAGCACUUUCGUUUUUUUAUCCUGCGGGCUCAAAAGCCACUAAUCAUGAGGGCUAGUCCUUUUCCGCCUUUUAACUUGGUGAAUUACAUGUUUAUACUAAAGCAGUGCUAUUCAAUUCUGACUGUCUUGUCGGGAACAUUGGAGUAG